CUUCAACAGAGGUGACUUCAACAGAGGUGACUUCAACAGAGGUGACUUUAACAGAGGUGACUUCAACAGAGGUGACUUCAACAGAGGUGACUUCAACAGAGGUGACUUUAACAGACGUGACUUCAACAGAGGUGAUUUCAACAGAGGUGAUUUCAACAGAGUACGCUCCUGUACAGAUGUGGACCGAUGUCUGCAAUGCCAUUGUACGACUGAUUGUUCUAAAGGACUGUGCCCAAGUAAUGGACACUGCGAAAAGGGAUGGUUUGGUCUCGGAUGUCAAUACAACGAUCUUGCAACUAUUCAGGGGGUCUCAAUAACAGCAGGCCAAAAGAGGUCAUCUAAUUUCCUCAAAGACGAAACUUGUGCUGAUUACGUAGCAGACGUCACAGUUUCUUGGAACAGAGAAUACAUGUUGACCUGGGUCCGACUGGUCAUGAGAGAAAUUAGGAAUGAUCUCAACAUUAGAAUUCUGUUCAAAACUAAGGGCUCUCAAGUCUUUAAUUUAUGCAGUCAACACAGAAUACAUUAUGUGACUAACAAAAUUCUAGAUGUUUGGUGUCUCGAUGGGGUUAAUGUCACAGAGAUAAAAAUAGACGGGAAUCUUGCAGGGCUGUGCUCACUUUACAUAAGUGGUGGUCGCAAUUUCGCUUACAAGCAGAAUGCUGUAUUGAGCUCUAAUUAUGAAAAUAACUAUGGAGGUGACAAGGCAGUGGAUGGUAAUAGAAAUGCAGACUUUAAUGGAAAUAGCUGUGCUCACAGUGGAAUACAUGAAAACUAUCCAACACUCACCCUCACAUUAAAUCAGUCUGUUGUAAUCACUAGAGUAGUUCUUUAUAACAGAAAGAAGCACGCGGAGAGGCUGCUGAACUUCAUACUACAAAUGUUUAAGAAGAAUGACAUUUCUUGGUUUUCCUAUCAGGAUCCUUUGAAAACCCCUUUGUCUAUUUAUACCAUUUUAAUCCCAAUAAAAGAAAAAACGGAGAAAAUGUCAAUCGCAGCUACAUAUAUUGAUAAAGAUUAUGACGACAAACCGAUUCUCACACUAUGUGAAGUGGAGGCCUACGGAGAAUGUCCCAGAGGCUAUUGGGGACUAAUGUGUACAGACCCAUGUCCUCCAGAAUGUAGAUUAAAUUGUCAUAUCGAGAAUGGGCAAUGCAAUACAAUUUGCUUCGGCUACAGUGACCCACCUUUAUGUCGGGCAGAAUGCGCUCGUGGUCAGUGGGGCAUCAACUGUACACAAAGGUGCUCCAAUGGAUGCUAUAAAUCUUCCUGCAAUCGUAUUUCUGGGAUCUGUGACCAAGGCUGUCUCGGCUACAGUGACCCUCCUACAUGCAGGUCUAAAUGCUUACGUGGACGAUGGGGAAUCAAUUGUUUACAAACAUGUUCUCAGGGAUGUCUGAAUUCGUCUUGCAAUGCUUCGACUGGACACUGUGACAAAGGUUGUCUCGGCUACAGUAAUCCCCCUUUAUGCAACUUGAAAUGCUCGAGUGGCGACUGGGGUGUUAACUGUAGUCAAACCUGCUCUGAAAGAUGUUAUAACUCUUCCUGCAAUCGUACUAACGGAGUCUGUGACCAAGGCUGCCUCGGCUACAACGAUCCUCCUAAAUGCAAGUCGAGAUGCUCAAGUGGACGCUGGGGCUUAAAUUGUUCACAAACAUGUUCUCAGGGAUGUCUGAGUUCGUCUUGCAAUGCCUCGACUGGACUCUGUGACAAAGGUUGUCUUGGUUACAGUAAUCCACCUUUCUGUAACAAGACAUGCUCCAAAGGACGUUGGGGCUUAAACUGUUCACAAACAUGUCUUAAGAAAUGUUUACAUUCUUCAUGCUUGGCUACUUCUGGACUAUGUGAUCAAGGCUGCCUCGGCUACAGUGACCCACCUGUCUGCAACAUAGCUUGCCAUGAAGGAGUCUUCGGUCUCAAUUGUACGCAAAAUUGUUCAACAAAUUGCAUGAACGGGACAUGUAACGAUGUCACUGGGUUCUGUUAUGGAUGCCUUAAAGAUUACUAUGGAGACUUUUGUCAGCAUUUCAACAGUUCGCUGCCUCAUUCCAGCAAUAGUGCGAGUGUUAAAGAAAGCACAAUAGGAGUUGUUAUAGCUCUCCUUUUAAUAGUACUAUGUUUGGGAGUUAUAGGAUUUAUUAGAAGAAAACAAGUUCAGAAAGCUGUUAUGGAACUUAACAUUGUACAAAGAAUGACAGCAAAGAAGAGUGAUUUCUUGACUACCGAACAGAACUAUCUCGAUGAAAAGGAUAUAGCUGAUACAAGCAGUGAAGACAGCAGUGAUUCAUGUGCCUCGCAGUCAGCUACUCCACUGACUACUACGACAAUUAACGUCAAAGAUCUACAAACUUUUAUACCAUCUAAACCUAGAGAAUACUUCGCUCGACAGUUUAAGCUGAUACCAACAGCCCAGAAUGUAACUAGGGACGUUGGACUGUCUGAGGAGAACAGGUUUAAAAAUAGAUAUAAGGAUAUUGUGACUUAUGAUCAUUCCAGAGUGGUGUUGAUUAGAAAUGAUGAAGAGAAUGAAGAAGAUUACAUCAACGCCUCAUACAUUAAAGGAUUUUAUGGUGACAACAGAUUUAUAGCAUCUCAAGGCCCUAAUAAAACCAUGAUAAAUGACUUUGUGCGAAUGUUAUGGGAACAGAAAACCAAGAAAGUUGUCAUGUUGACUAACUUAGUGGAGGAUGGAAAGACGAAAUGUGAAAGGUAUUGGCCCGAGAAAGGAAAGUCAAUGUUCGGGCAAAUAAAAGUCAAUGUUAUAUCAACACAGACUUUCGCCGACUACACUAUUAGAACUAUGCAAUUAACAAAGGGUGAUGAAACGGCUCAUGUGUUGACACAAUACCACUUCACUUCCUGGCCAGAUAAAAACGUACCGAUAACCCCUUGGAGUUUGGUGGAGUUCUAUCAUAAAGUAUAUCUGUCUCCUUCAUCGGUACCUACUGUAGUGCAUUGUAGCGCUGGUGUGGGCAGAACUGGAACAUUCAUUGCCCUAUGUAACAUCAUGGACCAGGCCAAAGAGACGGGAAAAGUUGAUUUCUUCAAUACACUCAGCAAGCUAAGACAAGAUAGGAUCUGUAUGAUACAAACUGUCGAGCAGUAUGUGUUUUUGCAUAAAUUUGCCAGAGUGGCACUGCUGUGUAUGGGGACAUUUAUAACACAGAGCAAUAUCUCCGAAAGAGUAGUGGACCUCAACAAGCGAAUAAAUUCUAUGAGUAAAAUGGAAGAAGAAUUUAGUUCACUCUGUGAAAUGUGUCACUGCCCAGACGAGUCUGAAAGUGGGAAUGAAAACAUGACAGAAGCAGAUCAACUCUACCAGAACGUGAAAUGUGCAACGGAACAAAAGAAAGAUAGAUUUCCUGAACUAGCUCCAAAGGACUGCUACAGAGUACAUCUUAGCGACAUAAACAACGACUACAUUCAUGCUGUGUACAUUCAGAGCUACACCUCCAGAGAUCACAACAUCCUAACACAGCUUCCGUUACCAAACACUGUUGUAGACUUCUGGAAAUGUGUGGUAGAGAAGAAGAUAUCACUUAUCGUGACUUUUGAACUUGAUACUUCCGGGAAUGAUAAAUCCGUUGCUCAAUAUCUACCCGAUGGAGUGGAGCAGUACUUUCUGUGUUCACCUGUCAAAGUCCAAUCUUUGUCUUUCAAAACGUUGAAAAUGGGGGAAGAAAGAAAACUCAACGUUACCUGGAAAUCUGGUCAUCACAAAGUGACUCACAUCAAAACUGAUCUCAAAGAUCUUGAUCCCAGAAAACUGUUGACAUUGAUAAAUCAGAUCAGAUCGUAUGAUGUCCAGGGACGGACAAUGUUUGUGUGCAAAAACGGAUCUACGUUUAGUGGUCUAGCCUGUACGCUCGUCACUCUACUAGACAGACUUGAUCAGGAGAAACUUGUCUCAGUACCUUUGGUGGUUGGGUCUGUAAAAGCGAUUCGACCCAAAGUCAUUGACAAUAUGGCAGAAUAUAAAACUGUCUACGAGGUCCUACAGAGUUACAUUGAGACCUCCAGUUCUUACGCUAAUGUAGAGGUCUGCAAUCUGACCAAGUUUUCAAUGUCUCGUUAUAACCCUCUGUUCAUGGAAGAUGAGAAUCAAGAUGAAAACCCUUACUGUAACUACUAACAUGAGUUCUUGUUAGACUUAUUGUCUACUUUAUAUCGUUUGAUUUUUAAAUAAAAAAAGUUUCAUACAAAGA